CUGCAGAUUUAACUUCAUUUGACGUUUCAUCUUCGAAAUUGAUUUGACAACUUCGAAACGUAGCCAUCUUUCUUUUUUCGCGAAUUCCUCGCUAGUGUGAAGAUAAAAACACAAGAUGCAAUUGUUCGUGCGUGGUUUUAAUACAGUUGAACCUUUCGAGGUGUUGCCUACUGCCACCAUUGGUGAAGUUAAGGCCCAAAUCGCUCAAGCCCAUGGCUUGAACACUGAAGAAAUCACAUUGAAUUGUGAAGGCAAUGCCCUAUGCAAUGAUGCCGCUGUGACUUCACUCGCAUCUUUCGAGCUUGAUAUCACUGUACCAAUGUUGGGUGGUAAAGUGCACGGUUCUUUGGCGCGUGCCGGUAAAGUCAAGGGUCAGACUCCCAAGGUAGAGAAACAAGAAAAGAAGAAGAAGAAGACUGGCCGUGCCAAGAGGAGAAUCCAGUACAACCGUCGUUUCGUUAACAUUGUACAAGGAUUCGGCCGUCGCCGUGGCCCCAACGCUAACUCGAACUAGAUGCUUGUCAAUAGCUGAUAGAUUCUUGUGGGUUAUUGCUUUUUUACGUGUAAAAUGAAAUUGAUUUUCACAAACAAAGUUAUAUUAAAAUAAUAUAUACAUACAAAUAAGAAUGUAAA